GUAUUUGUUAAUCAAGAUCAUGCUCUAUCCAGUUUUUAAACCGAGACAUGCUACUCUCACCUUGUGAUUGCCCGCGAUUCAAUUCGACAUCGGAAUCUAUAAAGAAAAACAGGGAAGGACGGACCUCAGCACAAUAAGUUAUGCUGCUAUUUGUCUGUUUGAACUGAGCAUGCGCGUAAAGGCCUACGGGGUGUAGGUAAACAGCACAAGUUCAAAUAAUAAUUUGUUGUGUGUGAGAAAACAGGUAAACGCUUAAGAAAACUUUACAAUUCAGUGGAAUGAAAAAGAAUCACGUUAGAUUGUUGAUGAAACGGAUUAAAUUCUCAUUAUUUUUAAACACGAAAGGAGGGAUAUCAUUUCAUUCUCCUUAUAACCAGCGAAGAACUAGCGUUACUUAGGAGAAUUUUUUCUAUUAGAUUCAAGUGUAAAUGAAAAUAUAAAUAAAAUGAGAACGUUUUCAUUCACUGUGAUUUAAAUGUGCUGUUGUAUUUUUAACUUGGAUCAUACGAUGGUUAACAUCCGUGUGUUGAAAAAGGGAAAUUACACAGGUGCUUAAUUAACUAUAAAAAAAUAAACAAAUCAACUUAGAAAGAAUUCCUCAUCUAUUCUGGAUGUUAAAAAAAGUUGAGCCUUUUCUCUGUGCUCAUACAUAUUUGACAACACGAAAGUUUGUGAAUAUGAAACUUGGUAUGUAAGUUUAAGGAUAUUUAUCGAAUAUACACAGAAGUGUUUGUUCCAAACUCCUCGCCAAACGAAAAUUCGGGAUCGAUCUAAAGUCGCUAAAUGUUUGCCAAACUAACACUUGAAGAAGAAGGGGAACAAAAGCUUAACACCGUAUUCUACCGGUGCCAAACAGCAUAGACCAAAAGGACCGGAACAUUGCAGGGAAUGGGCUGAAUUCUUCAAUGUUUGCUCAAGAAUUUAAUCAAGUGAGUGUGCAACUGCCAAUGCCAAACCAGGAGACGUCCAAUUUCAAAUCUUUGAUUGAAUAUGGUAACAAAUUUUACUUCGUUUAAUUUGAAUUCAACAACCGUUGCUGUAGCUUACGAAUUGUUGGGCAAUGUUACUAGCAUAAACAACACCACGGAGUCGUUAGAGAAAGAAGAGGCGGCCGGGGAGGCCUACACUUUAGCAGAGAGCAUCAUAAUUGGUACAAUUCUGUCUCUGUUCAUUUUUGCGGCUGUUUUUGGAAAUGUGCUCGUGUGUGUGGCUGUGUUUAAGGAUAGAAGACUCAGACAUAGGACAUAUGCUUUCAUAGUCUCUUUAGCUAUAGCAGAUCUGCUAAUGGCUUUGUUAGUGAUGACAUUUGCAGUUGUCAACGACAUUUUGAACAAGUGGGUUUUUGGACCAGUCUUCUGCAAUAUAUGGAUUUCUUCCGAUAUUAAUUGUUCUACAGCAUCAAUAUUAAAUUUGUGCGCCAUAAGUCUGGACAGAUACAUUCAUAUAAAAGAUCCGUACAAAUAUAAAACUUUUAUGACCAAGAAAAUGAUGGUCAUCAUUAUAUCCACCGUGUGGAUUUCGUCCUUGACUUUGUCCUUUUUACCAAUUCACUUGCAGUGGCAUCGCAAUGCGGAGGACCGAUACAAACCUAUUCCAGAAAACGUUUGUUUGAUGGAUCUCAACCCCGUCUACUCUGUGGUAUCAUCAACCAUUAGCUUCUACUUACCUUGUAUUAUAAUGCUUAUUAUUUAUAUGCAGUUAUACUGUGCCGCAAGAAGCCAUGUCAAAGAAAUACGCAAGACAAGUUUUCACAUGCCAAACGGCGGUAAAGGAGGGGGGUCGGGGUCCAAAGACCACAAGGCAGCCGUGACUUUGGGAAUUAUUAUGGGUGUUUUUCUCUUGUGUUGGAUGCCUUUCUUUGUGAUGAAUCUGGUGGAAGCAUUCUGUAAGUGUGUUCCUAUAGUGAUGUUUAAAAUUUUAACUUGGCUGGGAUAUGUGAAUUCAUGCUUAAACCCAAUCAUUUACAGUAUCUUUAACAAAGAAUUUAGGAACGCUUUCCGAAAGAUCCUAUUUCCCGACUCGUGUAAAUGUGUGAGACCUAAACGCAAUAGUUAUGCACAGAGUAGUAGGUCAACAACCAAAUCUCUAAUUCCAAAAUCGGAGUAUAUUAUGCAUUCAAUAGAAAACGGGAACAGAAGGGACUGCAAAGAACCUUUAUGUGCAGAGGCCACGCCUCUUUAGUCACACGUGAUAAAAGUGAUUGAAGGGGUCAAAGGUGUGCUCGAUUUUCUUAACUCGUUAAAACUGAUAUUAUUGGUAUCAGAUCCGUUGCAAAGAGCUGUGAUUCAUUUGUUUUGCAAGUUUUAUGUUCGGAUUUCUAUAUAUGUAUAUAUGUGUGUAAUCCAAGUCAGAAUAGUUUUAAUAGUUUGCUAAGGCUGAUCGAAUGAUGUUUUCUUUUUUUUUUUUUACUGAAAUUAUAAUACUGUUCUUGGCUAUCAAUACCAUUUAAAGAUUGUUCCGACUUGUGAAAAAUCAAUAAAUCUCUUAUGUCCACAAAAAUUAAUACCAACCCGCAUUUAACUGUUCCCUUUUAAUAUGCUCGUUAAAAUUUUGUCAAAAGAUGAAACGGGUCAUCAGUUUUCAAAAAGAUUUACCUAUUAUUUACCAACAUGGCACCGAAAUCGAAAAAAGUUUUUCUGUAUACUGAUAGUUGAUAAAAGAAAUUUACUUAAACUUUUUUUUUCUAAUUUGCAACAAAUUGUGUGGAAUUUUGAUGCCUUGAACAGUGCCAAUGGAGACGAACUAGCUCCCUGUUAUAACAGUGCUAGAUUUACAUUAAUCAAAUGCAGACAAAAUCAAACUCGGUGACAGAGCUACCGACAAAGUGAGAUAUUUUCUCCCGAUGUUGGGAAACUUUUCUUGUAUAUUUUGUAGAUGAACUGAUAUGAAAUUUCUGAUAUUCUUUAAGAUGCCUUAUGAAUUUCGUUUACGUGCCAUCAUUUUUUGUUCCCAAUCGACCGUAGCAUACAAACAAAUCAUUUGCCACCGAUUUCUUUUGUUUGUUGUUAAGAGUACUCAUUGAAAUAGAAAAAGAAUAUCACAAAUGGCCAGGGGCUUAUAGAUACAUGUACGCUAACAGCCAGACGUAACAAAUUCUGUUUAGGUUUUAUAUUAAGUCAAAACAACAGUGUUUAGCGAAUUGAUUGCUUAAAAUUUCCAUUCUGUAAAUUUUUGUACGAGUUCGUGUCUAUGGUGAAAAUAAAUUACCCUUUAAAAUGAGCUAUUGAUGGUAUAUGAAUAUUGAUUCAUUCGAAAUAAAAUGAAAACGAUUUCCAUCGUUAGUGAGGACAAAUAUUGUCAAAUAUCAUAAUCAGGAAUUGUUUGUAGGGUUGUCCGAGAUCAAUUGUCAAAUGAAUAAGGUUUUUAAGCUAGUGGCAAAAUGUGAUACGUUAGUAAUAGUCUCAGAUUUAUUUACCCAAAACUAGUCCCUAACCCAUUAACAACGUACCUUUAUCUUUUUAAAAAAAUCUUUCUGCAUACAAUCUGUUUGGGGGAUGGGAUGUCGGUGUAUUUCUAAGUAUUUUAAACAUUGUGAUAUUACAGACUGAAUAUAAAGUUCAGUAUGUGGAAGAGGUGUAGUUUGUACUUCAAAAUCAAUUUAAAAUAUAAUUGAAGAUAAAUUUUUUGUAUGCCUCGAGCAAUGCAUUUCUAUGGUUAGCCAAAUCAGAGUUAUAUGUCUGAUAGUAAUUGUUUGGUAUAAUAUAUAGUACCAGUGUCAAAACUCUUUUAAACUGUCAAAAACACGAUGGAAAUCCAUUAAGACGUACAAUUUAGUAUAUCUACACAAGGACAAUCUGUUUUUUUUAAAUAUAUUUAUUGAUGACAUAUCUACUUGACAUUAAUUUUCAUGGUAAUAAAAAAAAUGAAAGGACAAAGUUGUCUUUUUUUUAUAUCGAGAAUUCCGCCAUUCCUAUUUGAUG